AUAUAUCUCAGACGCAGCCAAGCCACUCACACUGCCCUUCUUCCAUUCCUUCGUUCACUCCGAAGCAUUUCUCUUCGAGUUUCGAUUGUGAAUGCACAAAUUUCUGCUGAAGCUGUCCAGAAAUGGCGAUCUCCGAGAAGCUGCCGGACUUGUUCUCGCUGCAGAGCUCGUAUCUCAACACGAGCACUGUUGUGGCCAUCACCUUGUUCUUCACCCUACUCUGCGCUUGCAUCAUCAUCGGUCACCUCCUCGAGGAGAACCGAUGGGCCAAUGAAUCGACUACCGCCCUUCUUCUGGGCUUGGCGUCUGGACUGGUUGUGCUGUUGGUGAGUAAAGGCAAAAGCUCGAGAAUUCUCGUCUUCAGUGAGGAAUUGUUCUUCAUUUAUUUGCUGCCCCCAAUCAUUUUCAAUGCUGGAUUCCAGGUCAAGAAGAAGCGAUUCUUUCAAAACUUCUCAACAAUUUUGUUGUUUGGAGUAUUCGGUACUGUAAUAUCAUUCUGCCUCAUAACAUCAGGUGUCUUUUUGCUAUUUAAGAAGCUUGAUCUGACAACCCUCACUAUUCGAGAUUUCCUAGCUGUUGGUGCUAUUUUGUCUGCAACAGAUUCAGUUUGUACUUUGCAGGUUCUCAAUCAAGAAGAUACGCCCUUCCUUUACAGUGUUGUAUUCGGGGAGGGCGUAGUUAAUGAUGCUACAUCUAUUGUGCUUUUCAAUUCAGUCCAAUCACUUGACUUCAACAACCUUACUGCUUUGACAGCCUUAAAAUUGCUGGGGACCUUCCUUUACCUCUUCCUCACCAGUACUGUUCUUGAACCUGAGCGGGACGGCCUCUACCACUUUGCAAACACCCGAAAGGCUUGUUGUCAGGUGGGUCUUUUAAGUGCAUUUAUCAUAAAGACACUUUAUUUUGGAAGACAUUCAACAGAUCGUGAAGUUGCUAUCAUGAUGCUUAUGGCUUAUUUGUCGUACAUGUUGGCUGAGCUUUUAAAUCUUAGUGGCAUUUUGACAGUCUUCUUCUGUGGCAUUUUCAUGUCACACUACACAUGGCACAAUGUAACUGAAAGCUCGCGUAUUACAACCAAGCAUUCAUUUGCAACAAUUUCCUUCAUUGCGGAAACUUUUAUAUUCUUAUAUGUUGGUAUGGAUGCCUUGGACAUUGACAAAUGGAAAGAAAGUCAUGCAAGCGCGGGCACUUCAGCUGCUGUUAGUUUAAUUAUGUUUUCGUUGGUCUUGCUUGGGAGGGCAGCAUUUGUUUUCCCUCUUGCAAAUAUUGCAAAUUUCUUUAAAAGAAGAGACAAUAGCAAAAUUGAACUUCGGGAACAGUUUAUAAUGUGGUGGGCAGGCCUAAUAAGAGGUGCAGUUACUAUUGCCUUGUCUUACAAUCAGUUUUCAUCAUCUAGAAAGAAGAAGUCAUCUCAAGAAUACGCACUAAUGAUCACCUCUACCAUAAUUGUUGUUUUGUUCAGUACAAUGGUGUUUGGCUCAAUAACAAAGCCUUUGAUUGAAGCAGUGUUGUUACGACAUAAGAAACCUACUACUUCCGACACAACAGAUUUUGCAAGCUUGGAAGACUUAAGACUCCUCUUCCUUGAGAAUGGUGGCCCAAGUGGUGAGGGCAAUAGUAAUCAAUCGGCACGUAAAGCAAGUAGCUUACAGUUGCUAAUUAGAUACCCAACUUCAACAGUCCACUACUUCUGGAGGAAAUUUGAUGACAAAUACAUGAGACCAGUUUUUGGCGGACGAGGUUUUGUUCCAUUCGUUCCUGGUUCACCAUCUGGUGCAGCAGAUGAAACUCCUUGAAUUCAUUUUUGUUAUCAUUAUGAAUAAGAAAAUAUGUAUUUUUGUUGUAAUAUGUGGCUCAUAUGUUGAAUGGAAUGCAUGUAUAAAAAGAAAAUAUGGUAGAAAAUAGUGAAGCUGGCUUGCAAGAAGAAACCAACGACGAUUUGCCUGAAAUCGUCGACAGUUUUGUUUAGGUGCAGAAGAAACAAUCGACGGUUUUAAUGUGUUACAUUGAUUAUUUGGUCUCAACAUUAAACCAUCGAUGGUUUUGCUUGGUUACCCAGCGCCGAUUUUUGAAUUUUGAAUUGGGAAGUUGUAUAGGUUGGGUUUCGAGAGGAAAAUCUACGAGAGGGUUAUAUAUACAUGUUGCAUGUUGUAACUCUAAGUCUAAAUGUUCUUUUGGACACAAGAUAGUAAAAAUUCACCGUUGCUUGCUCUCGUGGAUGUAGGCAUUGCCAAACCACGUUA